GGAGACCAACUAACUGACUCUGCGUCCUCCUGGACUCCUCCCAGUGCGGGGUCCGUCCGUCCUUAGGAGAUGCGGCUGCCUCAGUUGCAGUUGUGCCUGCCACCUCCCGUCUGCCCGCUUCUCCGCCUUGGUCCCGGGGUGUCGGGAGGCUCCAGAGUCCCGUCAUGCAGCUGGGAGCAGCGCUGCAGGCCGCCUUGCUGGCGAUGUUGCUGUUGGGACCGCGGGGCGGGAAGGGUCGCCUGCUGAGUGCCUCGGACUUGGACCCCAGAGGAGGGCAAUUGGUUUGCCGGGGAGGGACACGGAGGCCUUGUUAUAAAGUCAUUUACUUCCAUGAUGCUUUUCGAAGACUGAACUUUGAGGAAGCCAAAGAAGCCUGCAGGAGGGAUGGAGGCCAGCUAAUCAGCAUUGAAUCAGAAGACGAACAGAGAUUGAUAGAAAAGUUCAUUGAAAAUCUCUUGGCAUCUGAUGGUGAUUUCUGGAUUGGGCUCAGGAGGAUCGAGGAGAAGCAAAGCAACAACACAGCCUGCCAGGACCUUUAUGUUUGGACAGAUGGCAGCAUAUCAAAAUUUAGGAACUGGUACGUGGAUGAGCCUUCCUGCGGCAGUGAGGUCUGCGUGGUCAUGUACCAUCAGCCAUCAGCACCGGCCGGCAUCGGGGGCUCCUACAUGUUCCGGUGGAACGAUGACCGAUGUAACAUGAAGAACAAUUUCAUUUGCAAAUAUUCUGAUGACAAAUCAAUUCCAGCUCCUUCUGUAAAGCCUGGAGGUGAGGGAACUGAGCCAGCAACACCCAUACUUCCAGAAGAAGCACAGACAGAAGACGCCAAAGAAACCUUUAAAGAAAACAGAGAGGCUGCCUUGAAUCUUGCCUACAUCCUAAUCCCCAGCAUUCCCCUUUUCCUCGUACUUGUGGUCACUUCAGCUGUAUGUUGGGUUUGGAUCUGUAGGAGGAGAAAACAGGAGCAGCCAGACUCUAGCUCAAAGGAGCAGCAUUCCAUAUGGCCCCCUCCUCACCAAGAAAACAGCAAUGACCCAGACAUUUACAAUGUCAUCAGAAAGCAAAGUGAAGCUGACUUAGCUGAGCCCCGGCCAGACCUGAAGAAUAUCACAUUCCGGGUGUGUUCUGAAGAAGCCACUCCUGAUGACAUGUCCUGUGACUAUGACAACGUGGCUGUGAACCCUUCAGAAAGUGGGUUUGUUACACUGGCAAGUGUGGAGAGUGGAUUUGUAACCAAUGACAUUUAUGAGUUCUCCCCUGACAGAGUAGGGAAGAGCAAAGAGAGUGGAUGGGUGGAAAAUGAAAUCUAUUCUUACUAAGAUAUAUGAAAACACAUGAACUAGCAAGAGUGAAAAAGGAAAAGCAAAAGUCUGCUGUUCUGUGAGGAAAUAGAAAGCCGAUGAAAAUGCUUAGAUCAGGUCAAAAGGACAAGUGCAAGUGCAGGAUCCCCACAAGUCCCUGCUGGGCCCUCAAGUUCUGGCUGCACCCUUAUCCCAGCCCUCACCCAACUCAGCUUUGUGAGAAGGCACCUUGCCAGGGUCUGCCAUACAGUAGGCCCUCAAUAAAUGUCAGCUGACUCUUCAUAUCUGACAUUCAAGGGACAGUGCUUUCACUGACAAUUGUGACUGAACAGCUUGGAAAGCCCAAUUCUAGCUUGUUUUCCUUGCUCUAUACAGAAGCACACACAAUCACAGAGAUAGAAACUGCGGAAUCUUUCCAAAGCCUACAUAUGGCAGCCCCAGGCUGACCUGCACAUCAGCAGUUCCCAUAUCUGCUUUCCCCCGCCCCCAAAGAAUAAAAUCCAAUAAAAAGCAGGAAG